AGGCCCCGCCCCGUCCCGCCGCCGCUCCUCACGUGACCCGCUGCAAUCCCGGACGCCGGUCCCGCCCGCCGGACGGACGAAUCCCCUGCUGCGAGCCAGGGGAGGUCCCUGAGCGGCUCCUCGCCAAGGAAAGCAAGGUCUCUGCUUUAUGAACUCGAUGGAGAAUGGAGAGUACAGUGCAAGAGUGAUUCUCUCUCUAGCUCUUACUUAUGGAUAAUGUAUAUGAGAAUCUUCAAAAUCCCUUCCCAACUAUUUGGAGCCUGGUGCCAACAAUGCUGCCUAAACCUGGGAUCUAUUACUUUCCCUGGGAAAUCAGAGGUGGCCAAGUCCCUGAAGGAAGCACAUUGCGAACAUUUGGCAGGUUGUAUCUCUAUGACAUGGCACGCUCUCUCGUGACCCUGGCAGCUCCACAGAAACCUGAUCAGUGCCAACUGCUCGUCUGCACCAACUUGGUGGAGCCUUUUGAGGCGCAUGUGAACUUCCUGUACAUGGUUCUUGGGGAGCUGGAGCGUAUGGAGGGGUGUCUCUGCCUGUGUCAUCCUGGCUGUCCUGGAACUUGCCAUAGAGAGCAGGCUGGCCUCGAACUCACAGAGAUCUUCCAGCAGUCGCUCCUGAGUGUUGAGUUGAAAGGUGGAGCUUUUGUGGUGAGGGCCCGACUGCUCACCUGUGUGGAGGGGAUGGAUCUGUCCCUCUUAGAGAAAGCCAUCUUGGAACAGAGGCUCCACCUGCAGAAGAGGCAGCAGCCAGUAGGAGACACCAGCAUCUUGCAAGCCCCUCUACCUGCCCCGCAGCCAAUAGGAGACGCCAGCACCUUGCAAGCCCCUCCACCUGCCCCCCCAACCUCUUCCCGGUGACAGCCUUAGUCUGGAACCAGAGAGCAGGGGAAAGGUGCCCCUUCCGCAAACUCUGCACUGACCAGAAAGCCCACCGAAGCUGGCCAUAGUGGCCCAUGCUGCAAUCCAGUGCUGUGGAGAGAGAGGCAGGAGAAGGCGGAGUUUAAAGCCAGUCUGAGUACAUGACCCAUAGCCCCUCUCUCAAAAAAAAUAUGAAUAUGAUACCCCACCCCAGGGCCCUGGAGCUGUGCUUGUGAGGGACAUGAAGGGUUCCUGAGUGCCUCACGAAUAAAGAGUUUGAGCCUA